CGGACAAGAUGGCGGCGGCAGCAGUCGACAGCGCGAUGGAGGUGGUGCCGGCGCUAGCGGAGGAGGCCGCGCCGGAGGUAGCGGGCCUCAGCUGCCUGGUCAACCUGCCGGGUGAGGUGCUGGAGUACAUCCUGUGCUGCGGCUCGCUGACGGCCGCCGACAUCGGCCGUGUCUCCAGCACCUGCCGGCGGCUGCGCGAGCUGUGCCAGAGCAGCGGGAAGGUGUGGAAGGAGCAGUUCCGGGUGAGGUGGCCUUCCCUUAUGAAACACUACAGCCCCACCGACUACGUCAAUUGGUUGGAAGAGUAUAAAGUUCGGCAAAAAGCUGGGUUAGAAGCGCGGAAGAUUGUAGCCUCGUUCUCAAAGAGGUUCUUUUCAGAGCACGUUCCUUGUAAUGGCUUCAGUGACAUUGAGAACCUUGAAGGACCAGAGAUUUUUUUUGAGGAUGAACUGGUGUGUAUCCUAAAUAUGGAAGGAAGAAAAGCUUUGACCUGGAAAUACUACGCGAAAAAAAUUCUUUACUACCUGCGGCAACAGAAAAUUUUAAAUAAUCUUAAGGCCUUUCUUCAGCAGCCAGAUGACUAUGAGUCAUAUCUUGAAGGUGCUGUAUAUAUUGACCAGUACUGCAAUCCUCUCUCCGAUAUCAGCCUCAAAGACAUCCAGGCCCAAAUUGACAGCAUCGUAGAGCUCGUUUGCAAAACUCUUCGGGGCAUAAACAGUCGCCACCCCAGCUUGGCCUUCAAGGCAGGUGAAUCAUCCAUGAUAAUGGAAAUAGAACUCCAGAGCCAGGUGCUGGAUGCCAUGAACUAUGUCCUUUAUGACCAACUGAAGUUCAAGGGGAAUCGAAUGGAUUACUAUAAUGCCCUAAACUUAUAUAUGCAUCAGGUUUUGAUUCGCAGAACAGGAAUCCCAAUCAGCAUGUCUCUGCUCUAUUUGACAAUUGCUCGGCAGUUGGGAGUCCCACUGGAGCCUGUCAACUUCCCAAGUCACUUCUUACUAAGGUGGUGCCAAGGCGCAGAAGGGGCAACCCUGGACAUCUUUGACUACAUCUACAUAGAUGCUUUUGGGAAAGGCAAGCAGCUGACAGUGAAAGAAUGCGAGUACUUGAUCGGCCAGCACGUGACUGCGGCACUGUAUGGUGUGGUCAAUGUCAAGAAGGUGUUACAGAGAAUGGUGGGAAACCUGUUAAGCCUGGGGAAGCGGGAAGGCAUCGACCAGUCAUACCAGCUCCUGAGAGACUCACUGGAUCUCUAUCUGGCAAUGUACCCGGACCAGGUGCAGCUUCUCCUCCUCCAGGCCAGGCUUUACUUCCACCUGGGCAUCUGGCCAGAGAAGUCUUUCUGUCUUGUCUUGAAGGUGCUUGACAUCCUCCAGCACAUCCAAACCCUAGACCCGGGGCAGCACGGGGCGGUGGGCUACCUGGUGCAGCACACUCUAGAGCACAUUGAGCGCAAAAAAGAGGAGGUGGGUGUGGAGGUGAAGCUGCGCUCCGAUGAGAAGCACAGAGAUGUCUGCUACUCCAUCGGGCUCAUUAUGAAGCAUAAGAGGUAUGGCUAUAACUGUGUGAUCUACGGCUGGGACCCCACCUGCAUGAUGGGACACGAGUGGAUCCGGAACAUGAACGUCCACAGCCUACCGCACGGCCACCACCAGCCUUUCUAUAACGUGCUGGUGGAGGACGGCUCCUGUCGAUACGCAGCCCAAGAAAACUUGGAAUACAACGUGGAGCCUCAAGAAAUCUCACACCCUGAUGUGGGACGCUAUUUCUCAGAGUUUACUGGCACUCACUACAUCCCAAACGCAGAGCUGGAGAUCCGGUAUCCAGAAGAUCUGGAGUUCGUCUAUGAAACGGUGCAAAAUAUUUACAGUGCAAAGAAAGAGAGCAUAGAUGAGUAAAGUCUAGAGAGGACAUUGCACCUUUGCUGCUGCUGCUGCUAUCUUCCAAGAGAACGGGACUCCGGAAGAAGACGUCUCCACGGAGCCCGCGGGACCUGCUGCACCAGGAAAGCCACUCCACCAGUAGUGCUGGUUGCCUCCUACUAAGUUUAAAUACCGUGUGCUCUUCCCCAGCUGCAAAGACAAUGUUGCUCUCCGCCUACACUAGUGAAUUAAUCUGAAAGGCACUGUGUCAGUGGCAUGGCUUGUAUGCUUGUCCUGUGGUGACAGUUUGUGACAUUCUGUCUUCAUGAGGUCUCACAGUCGACGCUCCUGUAAUCAUUCUUUGUAUUCACUCCAUUCCCCCGCUUGUCUGCAUUUGUCUCAGAACAUUUCCUUGGCUGGACAGAUGGGGUUAUGCAUUUGCAAUAAUUUCCUUCUGAUUUCUCUGUGGAACAUGUUCGGUCCCGAGUGAGGACUGUGUGUCUUUUUACCCUGAAUUUAGUUGCAUAUUCAGAGGUAAAGUUGUGUGCUCUCUUGGCAGCAUCUUAGAGAUGGAGACAUUAACAAGCUAAUGGUAAUUAGAAUCAUUUGAAUUUAUUUUUUUCUAAUAUGUGAAACACAGAUUUCAAGUGUUUUAUCUUUUUUUUUUAAAUUUAAAUGGGAAUAUAACACAGUUUUCCCUUCCAUAUUCCUCUCUUGAGUUUAUGCACAUCUCUAUAAAUCAUUAGUUUUCUAUUUUAUUACAUAAAAUUCUUUGAGAAAAUGCAAAUAGUGAACUUUGUGAAUGGAUUUUUCCAUAUUCAUCUACAAUUCCUUCCUUUUAAAUGACUACUUUUAUUUUUUAAUUUUAAAAAUCUACUUCAAUAUCAUGAGUAGGUCUUACAUCAGUGAUGGGUUCUUUUUGUAGUGAGACAUACAAAUCUGAUGUUAAAUGUUUGCUCUUAGAAGUCAUACUCCAUGGUCUCCAAAGACCAAAAAACGAAGUUUUGCUUUUGUAAUCAGAAAAAAAAAAAAAAUCACGAACCUUAAAAAAAAAAAAAAGGUUUUGAAGGGAAAAAAAGUGGUUUCACACCUCUUGCUAUUCCUUAGAGUCACUUCAAGGCCUGUUGGAAUGUGGCAGGUUAGAAAGAGAGAGAAUGUCUUUGAUUUGAUGAGUGUUGGACUUGCGUGAAAGGAGAGGUGUGUGUUGGAAUCUGCUUUUCCAAGCCGCCAGGGUCCUGAAAGCAGCAGGAUGAAACCUGUUAUGGCGUCUUUUGGGAAAGCCUGACUGUGUGUUCAGAUGGCACUGGCUCCUUUCCGAAGUUCUUAGUAACUGAGCCCAGAGUAACUGCACGCCUUCGUGCAGCUCCAAAGCUCCCCCAACUCUCGGCCUGCCGGUUCUCAAGUGAGCUAAUCUCGUCAUUAAUCAGUAGAAGCUAACUUCUGAAGUUAGGACCUAGUUACUUUGCUCUCAGCGUUUAAAAUGAUGCAGUUGCUCUAAUGUAUGGGGCAUUAGGGGCCUGUCUGUGCACCUGUCUGUGCACCUGUCUUUCCCUCUGCAUGCAGUAUUCUCACCCACAUUGAAUGCCUGCUGCUUGUUUACCCUUUGGAAACCCUGGGGUGACUGAGGUUUGGAAAGCCACCUGAGACCACUUCAUAGCAAGGGAAGGCUUUAAGCAGUUACUAGAAAGAGAUGGGGAUUUGGCCCCUGGCUCCUCCAGCCUGAAUUAGCUAUUAUCCACUGUCCACGUUCCUCAUCAGUCAAAUCCAAAGUCGAAGGAUUUGAACCUGCAUCUGAAAAUGUGAGCACUCACAGCACCUGACCCGCCGAGGUUGGGAGGAUUGUACACUACUCUGAUUUAAAGGGGAAAGUUCAGUAAUAUGGAAUGAAUAUGAAUGGGAUGCAUUAAUAAGAAACUGAGCAUGCUGAGAGUUGCAAUGGUUGGUUUUCUGGUUUGAUUGAUUUCCUUUUUUCUUAGAAACAUCAAAGCCAAGAAAGAUGGUUUUACCUUUACUGACCCAGCUGUAAAUAUGUACCUAGACUGUUUUUAAAUGUCUUUCUUCAUGAAUGCUUCACGGGGCUCCAGGAAGCCUGUAUCACCUGUGUAAGUUGGUAUUUGGGCACUUUAUAUUUUUCUAAAAAACGUGUUUUGGAUCCUGUACUCUAAUAAAUCAUAAGUUUCUUUUUAAAAAUUUUCCAAAACUUUUCUCCAUUUUAAAAAGCCCUGUUAUAAAAGUCGAACUUUCACUAUGUUAAAAUGUUAAAUAUUUGGAUAUAGCAACUUCUUUUCUCUUCAAAUGAAUGCCAAGAUUUUUUUGUACAAUGAUUAAUAAAUGGAACUUAUCCAGAGAAACCACGCAAAUGGCCUGCCCAAUUUCGUUUCGGGACAGAAAGCCCAGCCAUGACUUGAGUAGAAUGUCUCUCACCUCUCUUCGGAUCUAAAUAUGAAAAGUAUGUUCUGCUGAAUUUUUCUGAGCAUUGGUGAGCGGACAGCCUACCUGUAAACCAUGACCUCGUUGCCAAACGUUAAUUUUAUCAGCUCACUAGUAACCUCUGAGAAUUAUCUGGUUGUCAUGCAAAGAUUGCACUUUUUGAAUUAUGUUAAGUUACACAUGUUGUAAAAUGAGAACUGCUCAUGCUUUGAAAGAAAACCAGGUUCUUCGUGCGUUCUGUUGCCGUUGAUUUGAAUGGCUGCGCUGUAUACGAUGUGUCCAAAAUGUCUCCAGAGCACUGAUUCUGUGUAAUGUUACUACCUAUUAAUGUGGGAGGAAAAAAGGUUAUAGGUUAAA